UGACAGGGAGCCAACGUCAAGUGGAUUGAUGUGAGUCAGAACCUCAUUCAGGAAGCAUCAGUGUCCCAUCAACUGCGUGAUUUUUUUCAUUUGGAAAAUACACAAGGUCCAGAGGCUUGUCACCCAGUGUUCUGCUUUCCAAAAUCCUGGCGUCCCCAUGCGGACUUCUGGUAGAAUGAGCAAUGCAAAGUGCUGGCUUGGACUCGGCAUGUCCUUAUACUUCUGGGGGCUGGUGAACCUGACAACUGCCACUCUCUUGGGAACACACACUCCACGAGGUGAACUCGAGGCACACCUGGCAGACAAGCCACAGUCACACCAGCGGACCAAGAGAAGUUGGGUUUGGAACCAGUUUUUUGUUCUGGAAGAGUACACUGGGACGGACCCUUUGUAUGUCGGCAAGCUUCAUUCAGACAUGGACAGAGGAGACGGCUCCAUCAAAUACAUCCUCUCCGGAGAAGGCGCCGGCAUUGUGUUUACUAUAGACGACACCACGGGGGACAUCCAUGCCAUUCAGAGGCUCGACCGGGAGGAAAGGGCCCAGUACACUUUAAGAGCUCAAGCCCUAGACCGGCGAACAGGCAGGCCCAUGGAGCCAGAGUCCGAGUUCAUCAUCAAAAUCCAAGACAUCAAUGACAAUGAGCCCAAGUUCCUGGACGGACCUUAUGUUGCCGCUGUGCCAGAAAUGUCGCCAGUGGGUACCUCGGUUAUCCAGGUGACAGCCACAGACGCUGAUGACCCCACCUACGGCAACAGUGCCCGGGUGGUGUACAGCAUCCUCCAAGGCCAGCCGUACUUCUCUGUGGACUCCAAAACAGGUGUCAUUAGGACGGCGCUCAUGAACAUGGACAGAGAGGCCAAGGAGUACUAUGAAGUGAUCAUCCAGGCCAAGGACAUGGGAGGGCAGCUGGGAGGACUGGCUGGGACCACGACAGUCAACAUCACCCUCUCGGAUGUCAACGACAACCCGCCGCGCUUUCCUCAGAAACACUAUCAGAUGAGUGUGUUGGAAUCUGCCCCGAUCAGCUCCACUGUGGGGAGAGUGUUCGCCAAGGACUUGGAUGAAGGAAUCAACGCAGAAAUGAAGUACACUAUUGUGGACGGAGAUGGUGCAGGUGCUUUCGACAUUAGUACGGAUCCCAAUUUCCAAGUCGGCAUCAUAACUGUGAAGAAGCCCCUGAGUUUCGAAAGCAAGAAAAGCUACACCUUAAAAGUGGAGGGAGCCAACCCUCACCUGGAGAUGCGUUUCCUGAACCUGGGCCCGUUUCAGGACACGACGACAGUGCACAUCAGUGUGGAAGACGUGGAUGAGCCUCCGGUGUUUGAACCUGCCUUUUACUUUGUGGAGGUUCCUGAGGAUGUGGCCAUUGGAACCACCAUACAGAUCAUUUCUGCCAAGGAUCCAGAUGUGACCAACAACUCAAUCAGGUUCUCCAUCGACAGAAGCAGUGACCCCGGGAGGUUCUUCUAUGUUGACAUUACAACAGGGGCCCUAAUGACGGCAAGACCCCUAGACCGGGAAGAAUUUUCCUGGCAUAACAUCACUGUCCUUGCUGUGGAGAUGAACAACCCCUCCCAGGUCGGAAGUGUUGCUGUCACCAUCAGAGUCUUAGACGUGAAUGACAACGCUCCAGAGUUCCCCAGAUUCUAUGAAGCUUUCGUCUGUGAAAAUGCCAAAGCAGGGCAGUUGAUCCAGACAGUGAGUGCUGUGGACCAAGACGAACCAAGCAAUGGCCAGCACUUCUACUACAGCCUGACUCCAGAGGCUGCUAACAACCCCAAUUUCACUGUGAGGGACAAUCAAGAUAACACUGCCCGGAUUCUAACCAGGAGGUCUGGCUUCCGGCAGCAGGAGCAGAGCGUCUUCCACCUGCCUAUCCUGAUAGCGGACAACGGGCAGCCGGCGCUGAGCAGCACCGGCACGCUCACCGUCCAGGUGUGCAGCUGUGACGACGACGGCCACGUCAUGUCCUGCAGCCCCGAGGCCUACAUGCUCCCGGUCAGGCUGAGCCGCGGCGCCCUCAUCGCCAUCCUGGCCUGCAUCUUUGUCCUACUGGUGCUGGUGCUGCUCAUCCUGUCCAUGAGGAGGCACCGGAAGCAGCCCUACAUCAUCGACGACGAGGAGAACAUCCACGAAAACAUCGUCCGCUAUGACGACGAAGGGGGUGGCGAGGAGGACACGGAGGCCUUUGACAUCGCGGCCAUGUGGAACCCCCGGGAGGCGCAGAUGGGCGCCGCCGCCAAGACGCGGCAGGACAUGCUGCCCGAGAUCGAGAGCCUGUCCCGCUACGUGCCUCAGACGUGCGCCGUGAGCAGCACCGUCCACAGCUACGUGCUGGCCAAGCUCUACGAGGCCGACAUGGACCUGUGGGCGCCGCCCUUUGACUCCCUCCAGACAUACAUGUUUGAGGGCGACGGCUCCGUAGCGGGCUCCCUGAGCUCCCUGCAGUCGGCCACAUCAGACUCGGAGCAGAGCUUCGACUUCCUCACGGACUGGGGGCCCCGCUUCCGGAAGCUGGCGGAGCUCUACGGGGCGGCGGAGGGGCCAGCGCCCCUGUGGUGAUGGAAGCCGGGAGGCGCACGUCCCAAUCCAGGCACGUUGUCAGCAGAUGCUUCGCGGACUAGGCGCAGCCAACCACACGAGCAAUACUGUGCUGGAGAGUGACAAUGGGGUGAGCGGGUCGAACAGGGCUCUCUGGAUCAGCUUUACUUGAUUUGGUUAAGUCACAGACUCAAAAGGAAGCAGAAAGGGGAGGGGAAAUCUCCGAUUCCUUUUCCUUUCUUUUUUCUUUUUUUUUAAUUUUCAUGACUGUGUGUUCAAAGACGUGGAGUCCAGCAUGUUAUGUAUGGCGUGCUAGCUUUUCUUUCGCAAGUCACCAAGGCCUUUGCCACUUUGCCACCACAAAGAGGCUCCGAUCUUAAAUGCAGAGGUGGAAAUUGGAAGUAGAUAGAAAGUCCUGCUCUCGUCUGUUUUGUCUUAUUUUAUUCACUUUUAAAGAGUUUUACUGGCUCAUCAAACUGCAGAAACCAACCCACGCAAAAGAACGCAGGAAAAUUGUUCCUGGGUGAGAUUAAUCUUUUUGUUCUGGGAUGGGUGGAAAUUCUUUUAACCCUUUUGAGACGAGGUUAAGACUGAAUCAGCCUUGCGUGGUGCAGGACGGGUGGGAAGGUCGGAGAAGGAAGAGACAUUGACUUUGUGCUCCAGUUUAAUGGCUGAACCAAGAGUUGUUGGCGUUACAACUAAUGCAACUCCAAGUGAGAGUGCCCUAGUUCUCCUCUCAGCUCUUUAACUGUGCCCCUGACAAAUUGUUCCGAGUGAAACCAGAAAUUCUGCCUCUUUUGCACUGUAGAUGUCUCUUCCAAGUGCCAAAUGUGAAGAUGAGAUGCUACAAAUGAAAGCCAAAUAAAAAGAAGUAUCUGAUAAAAGCAUGGGUUGGAGGGCUUUCCUAAUCUGUGUGAGGUCAAACCCAAGGGAUGUUUACAUACUGUAGAUAACCUACUUGAAGAAAAAAAAAAAAAAAAUCAGUAUUAUAGAGAAUAAAUGGAUGUAAGAAAAUUACAUGUAUAAGUUUUGUAUAUUUGUUAAUAAUUUUGGUAAUAAAUAUGGUGUACUGCAUCCCAGUACCUUAGCACUUCUUUUAAUAAAAGUUAAAUAGAAGG